AUGGCCGGCGUUCCUCGACUAUUUCUUGCUAUUGCUACCGUAAUCGCGCUGGCUGCAGCGGCCGCGAUCCCGCCACCGGAAGAUGCCCCCCUCGACCUGGAUGAAGCCCAGCUCCGCGAACUCUUUGGCCAACAAGACAUCUUCGCCCUCCCCGCCGGUGAGAUCCCAGAGGCUCCUGUUGAGCAACAGCCCGAAGAAGAGCCCGAGCAGCCGCAGGAGGACGCCUUCAUCCUCGGCACCUCGAAACCCCUUGGACAAAUCUCUGGCCUUGGAAUCACAUCCAAAGGACAUCUUCUAGCCUUCCACCGAGCUGAGAGGGAAUGGACUGAGGAGUCAUUCUCAAAGGAUUUCAAGUUCAAUGCGCAUACCGGUAUGAUUGCCAACGCCACGAUUGCCGUCAUUGACCCGGCCAAUGGACAGGUUGUCGCCGAGCACGGAAAGAACCAAUUCUACCUACCCCACGGGCUGACCGUCGACCACGAGGAUAACAUUUGGGUGACCGACGUUGGAGCGCAUCAGGUCGUCAAAAUGGACAAAAACUUCAAAGUGCUAAUGACCCUGGGUGAGAAGCUGGUGCCCGGAACUGAUGAGAAACACUUCUGCAAACCCACCGAUAUUGCGGUUGCUUCGAAUGGAUAUUUCUUCGUUGCUGAUGGAUACUAUGGACCCCUUCAUCAUCCCCACUCAAUCGCCCUGAUCGAAGAUCUAAACCUGCUGUGCGUGGCUGAUCGUGAGAACGAGCGCGUCCAGUGCUUCUCAGCUGGCCUGAAAGAGGGACACCGCUCGAUCCCCGCCGGAAUUCCGAUCACCUCUGCUGAUGAUAUUGGACGAGUUUUCGCCAUUCGCGAGCGAGCCCACUACCUUGUCGGCGUGACCGGUGUUGACCAGCAAGACUCCCUCGAGCCCCAAGUGUUCGCAAUGGAUAUGGAUACCGGAAAAGCACAAACAUAUCUCAAGGGCAUCGAAAACGGGCACGCAUUGGCCAUCUCGAAGGACGGAACCGUCUACGUGGCCCAGAUGAACCCCAACCAGAUUGUCGGCCUCAAUUUGGCA